AUGGAUAAUACGAAAUCGUAUCAAAUGAAACGAUCAAUGAGUCUCGUCCCUUUGUCACCAACACAAACGUUAUGGUCAAGUGAAAAUUAUGGCACCACUAAAGAUGAUAAAGAUAAAGGUGUCAAUGUGCAGGUUGUAUUGCGUUGUAGGCCAUUUAGUGAUGAUGAUGUGAAGGCGAAAACAGCUUCUGUGGUUACAUGUAAUGAGGAUAAACAAGAAGUUAUUGUUACUCAAAAUAUGGGUAAUAAGCACAUAGAUAAAGCUUUUAGUUUUGACAAGGUGUUUGGUCCAGGCUCAAAACAAAAGGACUUUUAUGACCAAGUUGUUGCUCCGAUUGUUAAAGAAGCUCUUGAAGGAUAUCAUUGGACCAUAUUCGCAUAUGGGCAAACCGGCACAGGGAAAACUUAUACAAUGGAAGGUGAAGGUGGAAAAACAAAGAGUGGAGAGUUUCAUGAAGAUGUUGGAGUUAUUCCAAGAGCAAUUGAGCAAAUUUUUGACACUCUUGAAGCUCAAAGAGUAGAAUAUAGCAUGAAAGUGACAUAUAUAGAGCUCUAUAACGAGGAAAUCACAGAUCUUUUGGUUCCAGAUGACAAAUCCAAAAAGCCCAUAUCUUUAAUGGAUGAUGGGAAAGGCGCGGUUUUCAUGAGAGGUUUGGAAGAGGAACAUGUAUGUAGUGCAGAUGAAAUUUACCACAUCUUGCAAAAGGGGUCUGCCAGAAAGCACACAGCCGAGACACUUAUUAACACACAAAGUAACCGAUCUCACUCAUUAUUUACCAUCACAAUACAAGUUAAGGAACACACUUUAGAUGGGGUGGAGGUAGUGAAAUGUGGAAAGCUAAAUCUUGUGGAUCUUGCUGGUUCAGAAAACAUCUUACGUUCUGGUGCAAGGGAGGGAAGAGCAAGGGAAGCUGGUGAGAUAAACAAGAGCCUGCUUACACUCGGUCGUGUUAUAAAUGCACUUGUUGACCACUCAGGACACGUCCCAUAUAGGGACAGCAAGCUAACAAGGCUAUUACGAGACUCAUUAGGAGGGAAAACAAAGACAUGCAUUAUAGCUACCGUGACACCUUCAAUCCAUUCUUCAGAAGAAACACAAAGCACACUUGAUUAUGCUUACAGAGCUAAAAGCAUUAAAAAUAGACCAGAGGUUAAUCAUAAGGUGACAAAAUCAGUAAUCGUCAAAGAACUCUACUCUGAAAUUGACAGCCUUAAACAAGAAUUGCAUGCUACGAGACAGAAAAAUGGGAUAUAUGUACCAAGUGAUCGAUACCUCACUGAAGAAGCUGCCAAGAAGGAAUUGACCGAAAAGUUAGAGUUACAAUGUAAGGAACUAACGAAUCUUCAAGAACUCUUGUAUCAUCAGCAAGAGUUGACUUCAGAGCUAAAUCAAAAACUUGUGAACACUGAGAGAAUUCUCCAAGAUAGUAAGAAAGAUGUCUCCAAUCUACAAGAUAAACUUAGACAGGCAAAUGAGACGACAAAAGAGAAGGAAUAUCUUAUACUCAAUCUUCUUGGAUCAGAACAAAAACUCACUAAAAGAGCGGCUGAGCUUCAUAGUGAGGUUGAGAAUGCAACAUCAGAGGUAUCCAGCUUGUUCGCGAAAAUUGAGCACAAGAACCACCUAGAAGAUGGAAAUAGAAUGCUAAUCCAAAGCUUUCAGAUGCUAUUAGCUCAACAUCUUGAAGCUCUUCACAAGAUUAUUGUUUCUUCUGUAACACAACAGGAGCUACUACGAAAUGCAAUGGAGGAACAUAUGCAAUUAUUUGUGCCGGAACAAGAUAAGGCUACUGAAGGACUUCAAACUUCUGUAAAAAAGAUGAAGGAUGUUUUGUCUGGUGGUAUCAACUCUCUGGUUCAACUAGCUACCGAACUCACUGGAAACUCUGAGACAGCACUUGGUGACAUAAAUACUGAAGUUAACGAGCAUUCCUCUGCCCUUGCAGAACUUAUAAGAGGAGCUUCAGUCAAGGUUGGUGACAUAUUUCAUGAUUUGCAUAGUAACCUCAAGGACCAGGAACAAAGUAUUGCCGCGUUUUGGAAACAGCAGCACGAGUGCCAGUUGAGAGCAUAUCAGACAACUCAAUCUGCAUCUAGUUGUACAGUGAAUUUCUUCAAGACGAUGAGCAAUGACAUUUUCAUUGUAAAGGAAAUGGUGGAAGAUGCACGAUUGAUAUAUGACGAGAAAUUAAGUGAAUUUACGGAAAAAUUUGAGGACUAUGCCAAAGAUGAAGACAAACAACUAUUAGAUAAAAUGGCAGAGCUUUUAACAAGUUCAAAUGCUAAGAAGAAGCAACUGAUUCAAGCAGAAGUAGAUGCUAUUCGAAGUGAUAUUGGCAACAAAACUUACAUGAUUGAUCGCAAAGUGUCAAACAUGAAUGUUCUUACUUCCUCCACACAUGAUGAAUACACAAACUUCUUGGGAAGACAAGAGAGUAAUUACAUCGAGGAUAAAAAGGCGACCCAAAAUGGGAAAGAUGAGUUGACAGCCAUACUCCAAAACUGGAUGACUAUGGCAAAAACGGGUGAUGAAAGGUGGAGGCAAGUUCAAGAAUCCCUAAGCAACCUACAGAAAAGGCAUACUGAAUCUGUGGAUGCCACAAGCAAGGAUGCCCUUGAAAAGAACAAAGCAGUCUACACUCGGCUGUCAUCCACUGCCUCAUCAACACUUGAAGAUGUAAAUCAUGCCCACAGUAGUUCUCUCACAUCCAUUGAAUAUCUUAUGAGACUUAACCAUGAAGAAAAAGAGGGGAUCAGUUUACUAACCGCACAUCCUCAUGAAACCAUGAAUGAUAUGGAAGCGGCUCACUCUGCCAAAAUAAUUGAUAUCUCGAAAGAUGCUGAAAAGUGCUUGAUAAAUGAAUACACGGUUGACAAUUCUUUGUACUUGACACCAAAUGUCUGUAAAUUAUUAAGCAAAACCAACACCGAAGAACUCAAGACUCCACCAUUUGAGGUGUUGCUAGAUUCAUAUCGAAAAGCUCAAACUGGGAAGCAAGAAAAUGGAGAUUUAAAUGCAUUUCCUUUUGGAAUUAUUAACGGGGGUUGAAGAUUGACAGGUUUAAGGCUUACAGCGAUAAGAAAUACAGAUAAAGCAGUACAAUGUGCUCAGUCAACUGAAUCGACUUUGUUCUUCUAGUUUCUGCAAACAUAGGAUAAAACAGUACAAUGUGCUCAUUUCACGUACAUUGACACGGAUACAUGUAUUGCUGACUUCGGAAACUCAGCAUGAGAAUUGUGUCAUUUGAAUUUUCACAUCAACUAAGCAUGCAAAUAUUACAUGAUGUAUACCUAGCGUAGCAUUAAUUGUAUCCGUGAUUCCUCAAUACGAUAUACCCAAAGGUAAAGAAUUUGUUCU